AUGGACAAAGGCGAUCAUUCCACUGCUCCAUACCGAGGCCCCAAACUCCCCAAUGUGCCCGAAGACCUCGUGGUUCCCGGAGUCCUAGAUCUAGAUUGCGACGAGCGUCUCUGGGUCCCCCAAGCCAAAGAUGUCUGGUUUCGGCCGCUUUGCUUCAAUGUGUCUCACGGCUACUUUGUCAACAUCCUUCGCGUGAGAAAGAGUGGCAUUCUGUCACGCCAUAGACACACUGGUCCGGUACAUGCAACAGUUCUGAGAGGUCGUUGGCACUACCUUGAGCACGAUUGGUGGGCUGAGGAAGGUGGAUACGCCUUCGAACCUCCGGGCGACAUUCACACUCUUGAAGUCCCGGACGGAGUGAUGGAGAUGGUGACUUUGUUCCAUGUGACAGGCGCAUAUAUCUAUGUGGAUGUUGAUGGUCUUUCUCUAGGCAUCGAGGAUGUCUUCAGCAAGCUACAGGCGGCGAGGAAGCAUUACGAGGAGGUGGGACUGGGUGCUAACUUUGCGGACCAGUUCGUGAGGUAA